AUGGGAGCUACACCCUUCACAAAAAGAAUCUUAAGAGCGAAACUCCCCAAAGGUUUCGACAAACCCACCGAUAUGAAGUAUGAUGGAACCAAAGACCCUCAGGAACACCUAACGGCCUUUGAGGCCAGAAUGAACUUAGAAGGAGCGGCCGACGCAGUCCGGUGCAGAGCCUUCCCGGUAACCCUUGCCGGACCGGCGAUCAAAUGGUUCAACGCCCUCCCGAACGGAUCCAUAGCCAGCUUCCACGACAUAGCGCGAAAAUUCAUGCCCAAGUUCACGACCAGAAUCACCAAGGCCAAACACCCCAUCAGCUUGUUAGGGGUCACACAAAAGCAAGAAGAAUCCACAAGAAAAUACCUCGACCGCUUCAACGAUGAAUGCCUAACGGUCGACGGACUCACAAACUCCAUGGCAAGCCUUUGCCUAACUAAUGGGCUCAUGAAUGAAGAUUUUCGCAAGCACCUCACUACUAAACCAGUAUGGACCAUGCACAAAAUCCAAAACGUCGCCAAAGACUACAUCAACGACGAAGAGGUCAGCCAAGUCGUCGCUGCCAACAAGCGGCAGCACGCCACCCCCCAACACGGCAAUUCGGCUCCCCGUCAUAACCCAACACCCAAAGAGAACCAACGAGACCACCCCAGGCCGGCCAAUCGGCCACCGAGAAUAGGCAAAUUCUCUAAUUACACGCCCCUAACAGCACCAAUUACGGAGAUAUACCAUCAAUUAGCAAAUCGAGGAAUCAUCCCCAGAGCCCGACAACUCAAAGAAAGGACAGGAGGCAACAAAACCCUCUACUGUGACUACCACCGAGGUUACGGCCACAAAACACAAGAUUGUUUCGACCUUAGAGACGCUCUUGAACAGGCCAUACGAGACGGCAAACUCCCGGAGUUUGCCAAAAUCAUCAGAGAACCGAGACGCGCGGAGAGAGACAAGUCGCCGGAAAGAGAAGGGCGUAACCCGAGAACUCAAAAGCUACCCCCCAGGGAGAGCCCAGAGGAAGACCCGACCAUCAUAGUGAACGUUAUCACAGGCAAGGACGUAUCGAGCAAGUCAAAACUAACAAUGAAGAAAGAUCUCAAGGUAAUGGCCGUCAGAAACCAAGCCCCAAUCACCGCGGCCGAUAAUAAGAUAACAUUCUUACCAGAGGACUGCCAACACGGCACCUCGGCCGAAGAUGCCCCCUUCGUCAUCUCAGCCAGAAUCGGAACAGGACUAGUACGAAGGAUACUAGUAGACACCAGCGCAGACUCCAACAUCCUUUUCCGAGGAGCCUUCGACAAGCUCGGGCUCCGCAACGACAACCUCCAAACAUACCGCCACGGCGUCACGGGACUCGGAGACAACUUUCUCAAACCAGAUGGCUCAAUUACCCUCCCCAUCACUAUAGGAACAAGCAAUCAGAAAAAGACAAUCCUAUCUGAAUUUGUAGUCCUAAAAGACUCCACAGCCUACAACGUGAUUCUCGGAAGAAAAACAAUCAAUGACUUCUCUGCAGUCAUCUUUACCAAAUACCUCCUCAUGAAGUUCAGAACCGAAGACGGCUCCGUCGGUACCAUUCACGGAGACCGAGAGGUCGCAGCCGAAUGCGACAACACCAGCCUAGCCCUAAGGAAGAAAUCCCGGGAUGCGGCCGGAAUAUUCCUAGCCGACCUAGAUGCACAACAAGACGGCCAACCUAGGCCAGAACCAGAAGGAGACAUGGAAAAACUACAAAUAGGGCCAACCAAAGAGGAAUACACCUUCAUUAACAGAAACCUCCCGUACGAUCUUAAAGAAGAACUCUCCCAACUCCUGAAACAGAACAGAGACCUGUUCGCAUUUACACCAGCCGAUAUGCCAGGAAUAAACCCCGACCUAAUGUCCCACCAUCUAGCCGUGGACCCCCAAGCUAAGCCAGUGGCACAAAGGAGACGAAAAAAUGUCACCAGACCGAGCCGCCGAAAUCAAAAAUCAAGUCAAAGCCCUACUCGAAGCCAACUUCAUCCGGAAACUCCCCUACACGACCUGGCUAGCCAACGUCGUAUUAGUAAAGAAAUCUAA